AUGUAUGGAGACGAAGGAACAAUCAGGCAUAAGGACGUUUUCAAAAUUUCCACAUUUGCAUUUUCCACAGCGCCAAUUCGGGAGCUACUUAAAGAUGUUACGGCACUGUCCUGCGAGGACUCCACCAGAAAGACUACUGUUUUCAUGCCUAGCACAAAACAGUGGAAAAACAGGACCAGGGCCGCCAGGAAUUUGGUCCGCCCCAUGGAAACAGUCGUGCUGGAUAAAAAAAGCCGGAAGAGAUUAUCACCGACAUGCAAGCUUAUCUCGAUCCGAAAAGCGAGGAAUGGAACCGGAAAAACAUCGCUAUCGUUGGCUCUGGCAGGUUUCUUUGGACUUAAUAUCUACAUCAUCAAUCUCGCUGAACCGGCUUUGACCGACAACAUUUUAUUAGAGCUCGCCAACGAUAUGCCUAAAAGGUGCAUUGUUUUGCUGGAAAAUAUCGAUACAGUCGGCUUAAAGCGCGUUAAGGUCAAAAAAUUAAAACAAAGUAGAAAAAGCAGCGGAAGGCUUGCUAAAAGGAAUGGCAUUACAAUCGAUGGUGUACUCAACGCGUUUAAUGGAGCGGCAUCCCAAAAGGGUCGCGUCCUUAUCCUGGCUACCAACAAGCCCGCAAAUCUCGAUAAGGCCCUCAUCCGCCCGGACCGCGUCGAUUUGAAACUCUGCUUCGAAAACAUAACCAAAAAUCACGCCCGAAAUCUGUUUUGGCGCAUGUACACCCCUGAUACAUCUGCCGAAACUAAUGAGCUGGUUAAGUUGGCCGCAGAAUUCGGCUCCAAGAUAAGUGAAAAGAUAUUUUCACCGGCCGAAGUUCAAAACUAUCUCAUAAUGCACAAAGACCAGUCGCGCCAAGCCCUGUCUAGCGUAACUGACUGGGUAGAGGCAAUAAAGCAAAAGAGCCGGAGGCAUCGCGGAAAGCCCUGCGCGAAGGUACCGACUAAACGCAGGAAAAAGAUGAAAAGGGUUCGUUACGCCUACUAA